GUUGCACCGCCCGAUGUGCGGGAGCUGGCGCGCAUGGCACACAUUUCCGUGACUGACGAAGAGGUGGCGGACUGGGGACCCAAGCUAGAGAGCAUCGUGGAGUGGUUUGGUCAGCUGCAGGGUGUGGAUGUUGAGGGCGUGCCGCCCGCGCUUCGGGCUGAUGUGGAGGCGCAGAGCACGCUGCGCGCCGAUCAAGUGCGGCAGCCUCAGGGCGGGACAGAUUUGGUGCAGCAGGCACCCGAUCGGGAAGGCCCCUUUGUGCGAGUGCCAAAAAUU